GGUUGUGUGAUGACUGUGAAAUUGAGGCCGUGGCAACAUUAAACUCAGGCGUUAAAUUCAUUUUCAAAUUGAUCUGCUGAAAAACAGAACAAAAAUACAUAACGAGGAAAAAUAAGAUUAUAGGAUCCCAGUGCGUGCGUUUCUCCAUCCUUUGAUUUGUAUACACUAAGUAAUCAGUGGAGCUCCUUCGAAGUUGUUGCACUUUGAGCCAGACAUGAUCAUGGUCCACCUGACGUCCUCCUCUGGUAGGUUCCCUUUCUCACUCUCUUCUCUUAAUCUGGAUUACCGUACACCUCAGCAUGGGUGUCAGGGAUGGAAGCUGAGGUGUACUGGCAUCAAAUUGGGCUGGAAAACAAAUAUGAUGAUGUUUGGACAGAAGUUUUAUAAACAUACACAGCACGACCAACACAUUUUAUAGGAGAAAUUUCUUCUCGUGUUACAACUUCAGUAUUAUUAUUGUUCAUUAUUGUAUACUGACUAUAAUUUGUACAUAUGCUAAUUAUAAUGCUUACUUUAGCACCACACCAUAUUCAGUAUGCCCAGUUAACCUUCGUUAACAGCUGUGCAUCAUUUAUGCAUUAAUUGUAAAUUCAUCACCAUAUAUUUUUUACUAUAUGUCAACAUUUCAGAACACAUUCAAUCUAAAAAGUAUAUAGUUUAAAUUGUCCAGUGCAUUCACUUAAGAUUAUCGACCUUUGUGAAUCGUGAGCUCUGAGUUUUCCUUGUUUUCCAUUUGGUCUUUUUAGUUGUUACCAGGAAACAUAGGGUAUUACAUAACAAAGGUCUUCCCGUCAUGCUUUGCACUCAUUAGGGGCAACCCAGAAAUAGAGACCUGUUUGAAAUUGACAGUGCAUCUCUGGCUCUGGCUUUCUCCUCUUUUUAUUAGUGACCAAGAGAGUGAAUUGAGUGGUUAGAUUAAAACUUGCCAGUAAAAUCUUUUAGCUAGUUUAAGCUGCAUGCGUGGUUCUGUAAUGAUGCUUAGGGUGACAAAAGUUAACCAACUGGAUUAUAUGGGAAGCUUGGCAAUUCCAUGAUUUCCCGAUUUAAUGCAGAAUCUUAUCUGCAUUAACUGUUGUGCUUUGUUUUUCCUGUAAAAAAAGAUUUAGAUAGUAAUUUAAAUACCAAAUUGCAAUCUAGGCUAAAGUUCUGAAUGAAAAGUAAAAAAGCAUGCUGUCAAGUUAAAGUGCAAGUGAUUGUUGGCUUUCUGUUGUGUCUCAUACGCUGUUUUCUUUCAGAUGAAGAGUCUCUUGAAUUCGCCUGGCUUUGGAAUCACAGGAAGUUCAGGGUUUCUUUCAGUGCACCAAAAAACUCUUUCUGAGCGAUCGGGCCACAGAACUUCAGAUCAAGGAGUUUGCGCGUAAAAAUGCAGCUAAUGCACUGUCAGUUGCCAACAUGGUCAUGGGCAUGGCCUCGAUUCUCAGCAGCCUUAAUGGGCACCAUCACGCUGCGUGUUGGCUCGUUCUGAUUGGCUACCUCCUGGAUUUGGCAGAUGGAGCAGUUGCCAGGCAACUCAAUGCAUGCUCUGCACUGGGUGCAAAGCUAGAUGAUUUUGCUGAUUUCACGACCUUUGGGAUUGCGACGUCAUUGCUCCUGAGAACAUCUGAUCUGCUCGACAACAUCCUGUGCAUGUGUUACGUCCUUUCUGUCUUUGUCCGCCUCUGUUUCUUCUCCAGUGGCAUCCCUUUCAUGUAUCGUGGCCUGCCCUGUAUUUACUCGUCGGCCAUCUUGGCAAGUGCCUCUUUGCUGUCGGGGGGAAACAUGGCAUUGCUCCGAGUCAUUGCAGUUGCCAUGAUCCUCUUCAUGAUCAGCCAGAACUUUUACCCUCAUGACAGAGUGCUGGAGUCGCAGGCCUGGAAGAAAGUAGUCUACGCUGGAGGAAUCAUCAUGUUGUUCUGCUCUUCCUUCCCUCCUGCGUGUAUGUACUACCUGCUGUGGUCUGUCUCCUACAUUUUGUUCCCAACAUCCCUAUGGAGCAGUAAAGUGUAAAAGGGAUGCUGGCACGCUUAAAAACACUCCCAAACAGGUUUACCUCAGCCCGUCCAGGUGAACCAAGGCUUACAGAUUACUGCUGCGCCUUACUGCUGUGGAGGAUUCAAGCUAAUUCAUGCAUCACAUGCAUGCACUCUGCUUAAUGUUUUUAUUUUGUUUUGUUUUUUUUAGAUGACACCUCUGAGGGAACCUAAAAUCAGUAAGAAUGAUUAGCAAGGCAUUUUAUGUUACUGGUGAGGAUUAACCUUCAUCCUGUCAUCUAUUAAACCCCCUUCUUCAGUAUUAAUCCAAUCUUGGUCAGUAUUGGGAGCACAUGGCAGCAAGCACAUCUACAGUAUGAUUCUAAAUAUUAUUUUAAAAAACAUAUAUAUUUCCAAUAUUUUCUUACUUCUAACUUGUUGUGGUUUAUCGCAAAUGACUUAAUAAUAUUUAUUUCAUAGUGUUGAGUGUAGUUAAAGAAAUGGCUACUGAAAUAGUAACAAUUAUGUAGGUAUGUGCUCUAAUCCAUGAAUCAAAAGUAAUAACUCAUUGAGAUUCAGAAUUUCAUGCCCUCUCUGCAUCUAUACUUUAAAACAAAGUCAUUUUAAUUCAUCCAAUAGACCCAUUUUGAUUGAAAUUAUAUUUUUUAACGUUUGUUUUUUGGAUUGAGAUCAUUACCGUUUACGGAGAGGUCUUAAAUCCAGUGAUAAAGGAAAAUAUAAUUAUUUAAUAUGAUUGUAGUGUCCUUCACAAUUUUGAUUUGCUGUUUGAAUAUAUGUUUUAAAUAACUUACUGACCAGUACUCUUGUAAGUUAGGGGCUUUUAUUUAAGCUUCAAGACUAUAUGAUGCAAUAGAUUCCCUUAUUUCAUCAAUGUGUGAUUAUUUUUUUAUUGGGUUAUUAUAUGCAUUUGCCUCUGUUUUAAGAGGCAUUAUGGUUUAAAUAGUAAGUAAAUCCACACUGGACUGUAAUGAUGUGAUGAAUUAGUGAUGUCACAACAGGUGUCUUUAGAACAUCUUAUGUGGCAUAAGGAGUCAAGUUGAAAUACUAAAUCCCCAGCAGUUUUCUGCCUCAUGUAGUGUGAAUUUACCCUUAGAGAGGCUUCCAAACCUUUCCUGCCAUCUAGUGGGUAAAAUUACUGCACGUUCUGCUUCAACUUAAAGGUAAGAUAAUGUCAGAGUCAGUGCUGAGUUUGAUCACAAGCAUAGUGCAGCAGACAUUAAACCCGAAGAGGCUGGUGGAGGAAAUAAUGUGUGUGAUGAUAUUGGCCAGUAUAUAUCUGAUCUGAGACAAAUCACUUGUUUUGUAGAUCUUAUUUAGUAAGAACGCAUUUUUGAAAUCUCUCAUUGUGUUUCACAGUGGGUGUUAGUGCCUCUCUGCAUUGUGAGUAACAAAUGAUUAUGAUUGUUAGGUUUUUCUCUGCAUGUAUUAUUGUAAGGUCUACCUUACAAUAUAAAGGCGACUGUUGUUGUGAUUUGUAUAAAUAAAAUUGAAUUGAAAUGAGAAGAUUAUAUAGUUUUGUACCAAUUUGUUCAGAAGCCCGAUGAAAUGUGAGCACAGAGUAACAGUUGAAUGUGUCUGUUUUCAGGCCUAAAGAUAGCAGGGCGGGCAACAAAUCAUAAUUUACACAAAUUAUGAUUUGUUGCCCGCCCUUUAAAAAACCAUCAUCCUUGAGCUCACACUCAGAGGUGUAUGAAAUCACUCGCAGUUUAGGUUCAGUGAUUUUAGUUACUUUAAUCAGUCUUCUGUAAGCCACAGCUUUUUGGAACUUAAGUUAUCCCUAUUAUUCUGCCUUAAAGAGCUAUUUGAAGCAAUGAUAAUCAAGUGGAGCACAAUUUUAAAACACAAGAUCUUUGUUAAGAAAUAAAAAAACAAAAACAAAUGUAAUGUCUUCUGAUUCAGUUAUGAUUUAAAAUCACUGUAGUUCAUUCUCGACAUGGUUUACGAUAACCAGUGUUACGAUUAAAAUCGACAGUGAACUGAGCGCAGAUGUACUUGUCAUUCAUUGGUGGAUUCAGCUUUUCUGUUUGGGUGUUUCUGGUUUUGAAACUGUAAAGUCACAGUAAUUAAUGUCUGCAUGCCAAGAGCAUUAUAGAUACAAAAACUGUACUUUGCCCAAAGAUAGUGGAAAAGUUCUCAAGUAUUACUAAAAUCUGUGCUUUUAGAUCUGUACAAUUUGACCACAAGGCUGUAUUAAUAAAAAAAUAAUACUUGGAAUUAUUGUCUUGAUUCAUUAUAUUUUUACUGAACUGGAAAUGUUAGAACUCCUGUAGUCACUUUUACCAUGUCGGAUUGCUAUCAACGUCUCAACUAAACCCAUACACGGUUAUUAAUAAAUUGUGAUUGAUCUCUAA